UAUUACAGCCUGAAAGAAGUCCUCCAGCUCAAACUCCAGCAGAGACGUACAAGGGAGGAACUGGUCAGCCAAGGGAUCAUGCCACCACUGAAGAGCCCAGCAGCCUUUCACGAACAGCGGAGGAGUCUGGAGCGAGCGAGGACCGAGGACUAUCUGAAGAGAAAGAUCCGGAGUCGUCCUGAGCGCUCUGAGCUAAUCAGGAUGCACAUUCUGGAGGCAUGUACCUGUACAGAGACUUCGGCAGAGCCGUCCCUGCAGGCCAAGCAGCUGCAGCUGAAGCGAGCGCGACUGGCCGACGACCUCAACGACAAGAUCUCCCACAGACCUGGCCCCAUCGAACUGGUUCACAAGAACAUCCUGUCUGUCGACGGCCAAGUGCACUCACCGCUGGAUUCUCAGAAGGGAGAGAGCUCGUCUUUAGACGAAGACAGCAGUGAUGCUUUGUCACCAGACCAGCUAACCAAUCACGACUCUCCCCUGAGUGCCGUCCCUCAGCUGUCCCCCUCUGACGGGCUCACCCAGAACGGGGACAUGUCCUCCACACAGUUCAUCGCACCGUCGCCUCCUCCACCUCCUCCACCUCCUCCACCACCUCCUCCCCGGGUGAAUGGGUCAGACUCCUCCCCAUUCCCAAAAGUGACAAAUGGAACGAUGGUGACCUUAACAAACUCCCGCUCCUCUACUGGACAUGUCAAGGUGCGGUCUCAGACUAAGGCGAGUUCAGACCGUCCUUCACAGAGAUCUAAGAAACUAAAGGACAGCAAACCCAAGGUGAAGAAGCUGAAGUACCACCAGUACAUCCCUCCAGACCAGAAGGCAGAUAAAGAGCGUCCGCUCGAGAUGGACUCAUCCUAUGCGAAGCUCCUCCACCAGCAACAACUUUUCCUGCAACUGCAGAUCCUCAACCAGCAACAGCAGCACUAUAACUACCACACCAUCCUGCCCGCCCCUCCCAAGCCAACAACCGAGCAGCAUCCUACAACAAACUCUGGCCCCUCCCCCUCCCGCAGUGUUCCCACAACGACUACACCCGUCCCCUCCAAUCAGAGCGGGACUGCCCGUCAGAGUCAAACUGCAGUGGGAGGAGCCAAACCCGGCGCUCUGCCCGCCAACCUGGAAGAGUUCAAAGUCGCCGAGUUAAAACAGGAACUAAAAUUGCGUAGUUUGACCGUCUCGGGCACCAAGAAUGAUCUUAUCGAGAGGCUCCGCAACUACCAGGAGCAAAAUGGUGGCACCACAGUGGUUUCGAAAAAUGGCAACCUGCAGGGCGGGAUCUCAGCUGGUGGAACCAUCACAUCCUCUCCAGCCACAACUACCACAACUGACCACCAAUUCGGAGAGAGUGGGUUUAAGUUGGAUCUGUCAUCAUUGGCUCAGGUGAUUCCAGGACGGGUCAUGCGAUUCGGCAGCACCAGUUCCAGCCCUCCGAUGUCACCUACUCCCUCUGAGAGGUCAUUGGCCGGGAUGAGUCCAGAUGAGACGAGCUGUAAUGGAGACAUGUUUGGAGAGAUGGUGAGCUCUCCCCUGACCCAGCUCACUCUGCACCCUUCUCCUCAGCACCCAUCAAACAUUUCUCCGCUCUCCAAGGUCAAAGAGGAGAUGCAGAGCUCAUGCAGCCUUUCCAGGCCUUCACCCGUCUUAUGUCAGCCUUCAGAGCCCCUGUAUGGCGUUGCCAUGGACACAUCCUCUUCUGAAAAGGACCAGAUGCUCCAGGAGAAGGACAAACAGAUUGAGGAGUUGACCAGGAUGCUGAGGCAGAAGCAGAGGCUGGUGGAGACCCUCAGGUCCCAACUGGAGCAGGGCAAGGUGACUGGUGGAAUAGUGUUGAAGAGGGAAGAAAGUGAGAAGAGUAGAACCCCCGAGGUUAAACUUCAAACUCUGAUAAAAGCCCCUGCCAUUCAGCCCCCCACUCUCCCCAACGGCAUCGUGGUGAAGGUGAAGAAGGAGGCGGAGCCUGAGGAGGGAAUGGAGGGAGUAACAGAGGGUCUCCAGGCAAAGAAAGCAGCGCAGCCGAUGCAGUGCUCUCAGGAGACUCUACUCAGGCUGCAGCAGAUUCAUCGGCUGCAGAUCCAACAAGCUGAGCAGCAGAAACAGACGCUGCAGCUCAAACAGCACCAACUGCAGAAAGUGGCAGAGUCUAUGUCAAACCCUCAGAAACUACAGCAGCAGCAGAAAGAGUCCCACAUCCUGCUCCAGCAGCAGCAGCAACUGCAGCAACUUAUCAUACAGCAAACCCAACAGAAACAGCUCCAGGCACAACAGAAGUUAGCACAGCAGAAACUCAAUCAACAGAAGCUUGUGCAGCAGAGCCAGCUCAAACAAACUCAAGGGCAAGUUCAACAAAGCCAACAGAAGAACCAGGUGCAGCUGAAGCAAGUUCAGGUGCAGAUCCAGAGGCCUGCAGUGAGCCAAACCCAGCAGAGGAAGCAGCUGAGGGCUCAGCAGCGGCAGCAGGAGAGACAACAAACGGCAGCUGUCCCCACACAACAGGUGACCCCAGUCUUUAUCAACCAACAGAACGGCACUCAGAUCCAAACUCAGGCUCUUUCAUUAGACCUCCUCAAGGCAAACGGCACACCGACACUAGUCACCGACAGCAACGGCAACCACUACCUGAUUGCUCUGACCAGUCACACCACAGACGGACAGAACGGAGGGUCCUCAUUGGCCAAAGCCAACGGACGCAUCACACUGCAGAGGUUGCAGUCGACUCCAAGUAAACUCCCCAGCACUGACGGCCAAUCAAAGGAGCCACCAGAGGCCGAGCCAAUCAAAAAGGGACAGAAGGGAGGGCUGCACCUGAACACCAAUGGCGUACCUCAACCCAACCUGUCAGUCACUGCUCCGCCCAAUCUGCAGCCUUUUUUUGAAGACAUGUCAGACAGUGAAAGCCAAAGCAACUUAAUCUCAUCACUUAAGCAGGAGAAUGGCGUCAACAGUCAGCAAAUGGACGACCUGUUUGACAUCCUGCUCAAGAGUGGAGAAAUCCCCGGCUUUAAGGCCAACCCGGACCCUUCCCUCGCCCCUCUCCUCUCUGAACCACCCUCCCCACCCUCUCCUCCGUCUCCCCUCCACCUCUCCCCUCCUACCCCUACUGAGCCUCUCAUCUCCCCGCAGCCUUCUGUGGGAGAGCCCUGCACAGGCAGCGGACGCCUGGAAGACUUCCUGGAGAGCACCACAGGCGGCCCGCUGCUGGGCGUGGAGCCCGACGGCGGCCUGACGCUGAUCGACGACCUCCACAGCCAGAUGCUGAGCACGCCCAGCAUCCUGGACCACCGGUCCUCCCCAAUGGACACGUCCGACCUCGGCUUCUCCCCCCACUCUACGGGGCUGGACUUUGGCGACCCCACCCUGGACAGCAUGGACUGGCUGGAUAUUUCCAUGGUGGGGAGUGCCAGCGGUGGGAGUGGGGGCAACGGAGGUGGAGGAAGAGGCGGCGCUGGUGACGGAGACGGUGGUACGAGCCUGGCCCCGCUGGUGCCGCACACUCCACCAAGCGUCUUCUCGACGGAUUUUCUGGACAGCUCGGACCUGCAGCUGCACUGGGAGUCGUGUCUGUAGCCCUGCACGGCCCCCGGACACGCACUUGCUCACACACACAGUGUACAGGUGCCGUCUUUAUUUCAUGCACAUAUAGAAAUCUUUUCUAUGCUGUCUCCACCACUGCGGGGGUCACUGGCACAUGCAAACACACACUCUUUUACACAGUUUGCCCUGUCUUACACUGGCUGUUACUGUAUGCAGGAUGAGGCGAAAUAAAAAAAGAAACGUAGAAGUUAAAUUCAUAGGAGGGACUUGAACUGAAGUGGACUUUUUGAAAUUUAAUUCUAUGGGGAUCCAUACAGCAGAUACAAUCCCAUUUCCUGCGUCCCGACCUGCUUCAUUACAAGAUUAAAGAGACCGAGUUAGAAACUGUAGGUCACUGUAACCACAUUUCAACCCUUGGAAACGGUUGGACAGAGUGGAGCUGAGGAGGGGCCAGUGUUUACUCGGGGCUCCUCCACAUAGCAGGUGGUGUCAGUGCCUCCUAAACUUUGCACUUAUGCUGAAUCUGAUUGGUUUAAAGGGGGGUGUUCAGGUCAACAGCCGAAUCAUAAUGCUGUCUGAGUGAAAGCUUCCUUAGUCAGCUGAGCCAUUAAAAGUGUGACCUCGUCACCUCACUGCGGCAACCUGAAACCCAUCGUCACUAGUCGAAAACCACAACCGCCAUGUAUAGUUGGCAGUUGCUUUUGAAAUGAACCAUAUCAGUGGCAACAGUUUGAAAUGAAGCCUCAUAGGAGGUUGUGUAUUAUUGGUAACAUUAUGGUAGACCACUAUGUAUUGCUGUAUAUGGGGUGUAUAUUAUCAAUCGUCCAUAUGACUAUUUUUCUUUGCUGGUUGCUUUCGAGUCGAGCUAGCUAGCUGGGGAACGUAGGGUGAGGCAGGGCUUCCAAAAAACGUGGACCUCGUCAUUUUUUUUAAGAAAGAAAAGUUAAAAAAAAUAAAUAUAUUAUAAAAUCACAA